UCGUUGAGUGUGGGGAUCAGCAGAGUAAAGUAGUUUCGUUCUUUUUGAAACCUUUUGGAAAGUGAAGCCACGAGAUAUAAAAGAAUUUUAUGUAAAUGUGUAAGAAAACCAUUCCGGAGUAAAAUCUAUAGCCUGAAAAACGUUGAAACACGUUGCAGAAUCUAGAAGUCGUAUUCUUCAAGUCCAGUUAUUUGCGACGAGGCUAGCAUUGAUUUGGAAAUACGAAGUUUUGUACUGAGAAAACAGUGGCAGUGGCAGUGGCAGAAUCCAAUGUGAAACGCCAAUGCGUAGAGCUCGUUUUUUUGCUUAGCACACUGUUUUGGUUUGUGGCUCGUUGAGUUGAGUGAAGGAAUUUAUAAACUUUGUUGAAUUUCGGUGUGACACUCGACAGUGGUUCGCGUUCGGUAGGCGUGCGCAAUUUGUUGUUAUUUGUUUUGUGUUGCUGCAAAAAGUGCUGAUGUUUACUAUUGAUUAAAAGCUUCCGUAGUCUUAUCAGUUGAGUGCCAGUGUUCAGACGAAAAAGAAUUUUUACGCUGAAAUCGUGUGUGACCCAAACCGAGGUCAGGUGUCAUAUAUAGUACGUAAGAUUAGAGUGUCGAAAAGUUCCUGCAGUCGCUGCGUUCUUGGACGCAUUAACGUUUGUAUUGUCGGAAAAAAUAUUCCUAUAUCUGAGUAAUCCACGUCACCGAGGGACCAGCAGCUUCACAAUGUCCCAGGAAACGGCGGUGAAACAGUUCAUAGAUCUGAUUAAUAGUUCCAACAGUGACCCGCACCGAAAGGCCGUCACACCGGCGAUCGCGACAAAGUUCCUGCUGGCACGAAAGUUUGACAUUCCGCGGGCGGUGGCACUCUACGAGCAGCAUGAGCUGAUCCGGCAGCGGGAGGGUCUGUACGGAUUCGACCCGCUCACCGAUCCCCUGCGGGCAGAGCUCGAAACGGGGAAGUUUACGAUACUGCCCGGACGCGAUGCUAGUGGCGCCGCCAUCGCAUUAUUCACUGCUAACCUGCAUUAUCCGGAGAUAGUUACACACAAAACUACGCUCCAGGGAGUUGUGUACCAGCUGGACGUCGCCCUGCAGAGUGCCGAAACGCAGAAAGCCGGACUGGUGUUUAUCUACGACAUGAGCACCUCCAAGUAUUCCAAUUUCGAUUACGAUCUGUCACAGAAAAUACUCACACUGCUGAAGGGUGGCUACCCGGCACGGCUGAAGAAAGUGCUAAUCGUGACCGCCCCGCUAUGGUUUAAGGCUCCGUUCAAGAUCCUCCGAUUGUUCGUGCGGGAAAAGCUACGGGAGCGCGUGUUCACCGUGUCGAUUCCACAGCUGAGCCUGCAUGUGCCCCGGGAUUCGCUGCCGGUCCGGUUAGGUGGAACGCUGGAGAUCGAUCAUUCCUCAUGGUUGCUACACUGUUACAAAUCGAUGACGAAUCGUGAGGACGAAGUUUUCGCUGGUGUUAACAACAGCACAGCCCAAACCAACAACAUCGGUAACGGCAUGGGAAGCGGUGGAGCAACGACUGUUACCGCUGCCAUUCUCGAUCCGCAUCUGGCGGGUAGCGGUGCCGUGGCCGGCACUACCGAUCUGGCGGAGUACGUUUCCGGUCACCAUCGGUCUUCGAGCAACGCCGUGGACCACAUCGGCGUGGAGGACAUUUCCGACCUGACGGCCGGCGCCGGUGCGGGGGUUCACCACGUUCAUCACGUGCAUCACAGCCAUCAUCAUCACAAUACCAGCAGCGAACUGUGGAGCGAGAAUCCACCCAGCAGUGCAUCGUCCGGAUUCAGCGACGACGACAGCCUGGCCGGAGCGGAGGGAGAUCCAAAGACAAUAGAGCAAAUUGUGCAGAUGGUUCGGGAGCGCGGCAAGCACGGACUGAUACGGGAGUACGCGGAGAUCAAGGCUCGCGCUCCGGAGGGAACCUUCACGCAUGCUAAGUUAAGAAACAAUCUAGCGAAGAACCGCUACACCGAUGUGCUGUGCUACGAUCACAGUCGGGUCGUGCUGUCCCAGGAGGACGAAGAUCCGACGUCGGACUAUAUCAAUGCGAACUUUGUCGACGGGUACAAGCAGAAGAAUGCGUACAUUUCCACGCAGGGUCCGCUGCCGAAGACCUCCUACGACUUCUGGCGGAUGGUGUGGGAGCAGCACUGUCUGGUGAUAGUAAUGACAACACGGGUGAUGGAGCGUGGCCGGGUGAAAUGCGGCCAGUACUGGGAACCGACCGAGGGCAACUUCGUCGAGUACGGUUGCUUCCAGGUGCGAACGCUGGCGGUGGAGACGAGCGAAGAUUACACGGUGGCUGAAUUGGAGCUGAAGAACAUAAAGACUGACGAAAUACGCAGCGUGUCCCAUUGGCAGUUCACCAGCUGGCCGGAUUACGGGGUUCCGGCAUCGGCCCAUGCCAUGCUGAACUUCUUGCAGCGGGCUCGCGAAAAGCAAGCCGAAAUGGUGCGGUCCCUCGGCGACCUGUGGGCUGGCCAUCCCCGUGGACCGCCAAUUGUGGUACACUGCAGUGCAGGCAUCGGCCGGACAGGUACGUUUAUCACGCUGGACAUUUGCAUAUCGCGACUGGAGGACGUUGGUAGCGCCGAUAUUAAGGGCACGGUGGAGAAAAUUCGCUCCCAGCGAGCCUACUCGAUCCAGAUGCCGGACCAGUACGUGUUCUGCCAUCUGGCACUGAUCGAGUAUGCGCUGUCUAGAUCCAUGCUGCAGUCGGCAGAUCUGUCCGGGUUCGACGAUCGGGACGACGACUCCGAUUAGGAUGUGUGUACGUGAUGUAUAGGCUACGUGCGGUGUUUGUUUCGGUUAUGUUCUGUUUUGUGUAGACUUUAAGUAGGGCGAGCGAGAGUAUUACGGAGUGCGCUUUCAAAUUUAAGGGACAUAUUUUAAAAUCUUUAGAUCAAAGAUAGUAAGAGAUGAAAACUAUUUUAAAAUCUGUAGAAACGAUAAUUAGUAAUCACCAUAUAUAUCAAUGACUCUUGCUAUUUUUUCCGUUUAUUUAGUUUGUUUUUCAGUUUUGUUGUAGGUAUAGACAACAAAUCUGAUGAAGUAUUUAAUCUGUUAUUUCACAACGAUCAGUUAUAUAUUUUACCUUUUAAAGCAAAUCGUGAUUCCUUUGGUUAGGUCAAGUAUCACCAUAAUUCGCUACCAUUUUCUCUCAUAUUUUUCCCUUUAUUCUCCUGGAGAGGUUGUAAAUAUUAUUAUUCAGUUAGCAUUCUUGUAAACCUGCUACACACUAAUACCUAAUAGGCCAAUAAGACAUUUUUUCAUUGCUCAUUCUGCAUUAAGCUAAGAUAAACAUUUGCGUUCCAUAACAUAUAAUUUGUUGAAAGAAAUGAUGGAAAAGUUAACCUAUACAUCGCUAUUCAUUUUUGUCGAACGAUAGCCGGAACGCGUGGGCGAAAGAUUUCAUUUCAUUAGCACCAUUUGUCGACCAGGAAGAGAACAAGUCAUCAAUUUCCACCUAAUUGUUGCACGACACUCGGAAGAAGGCAAAGUAAAUGAUUUUCUCGCUUCUAAAAAACGAUAUAUUUUGCGAAACUGACAAAUAAUAGUCCAGUGAGUGUGAGCUAGUAGGUAAACAGAAGAAGGAGAAACCUAUUUUGUCUAUUUAUUUUUCUAAAGCUAAAUAACAGAACAGAUACAGAACUACUUUGGAUAAAAUUCAGACAACAAGCAACAAUGCAACAACAAUAAUACUAUACAGAAUACGACUUUUGAUGAACCACAUUAUUCACAAUACAAAACUAUCGAGUUUGCACGAUCAGCAGCAGCGGCUGAGAACAUGUUGGGAUAUAACUCGCACUUUGCCAUUUCGUAGUAGUCGCGAGCAACAUUGCUGAGAACAUAUACUUUUACCAUCCUUCUACGAUACAAAUAAAACAAUUAAAAAGUAAUAUUUAAAGUGAAGAAAGAAACAAAUAAUUUUUAGUAAAAUUAUCAAUAAAGCAGAUCAAAAAUCAAAUAACUGAUAUUAAACAAACGUAAGUCUAACAAAAAAAAAAUACUAUAUUAAUUCAAUACCGACAAGAGAUAUAACCAGAAAACAUUAGAAGUCGAAGUAAGCAAGUAAAACAAACGAGAAAAAGUCGUUUUCACAGCCCCAAUUUGGAAAAUACGAUAUAAUUAAGAUGCAAAUAGAUAAAACAUUAUCUAAAAUAGAAUACAAGGAUAAUGUUGAUUUCCAAAAAUGAAAAAAAGAGGAAAAUAUCAAUGUAAUGGUAGACACACACUCUCAUAACACACUCAAACGCAAAUUUGCAUGAAUAAGUGAUCUAUAGUUUAGCUAUUUAUUGUACUGGAUCAUCAGUUAGAAGGUAUGCGCAGUGAGAAGUGGGCACGCGGUCAACCUGCUUGCGGUAUGUUUGGUAUGCUGUUCGUUAGAAAGAGGGGAGGAAGAAGCUAUAGAAAUGCACAUACACACAUACGGUACACAGUUACAUUGAAAUACACACAAACACCUCUAUAUAUCACAUACCGCAGCAGUACAGUCAAGAUAGUCCGCUAGGUUUGUUGACGGAAGACAGAAAUAUGCAAGAGGGAAAGAUCGUAAAUUAAAAUAAAGGAAAACAACACACAGAUUUGUGUAAAUGAAGAGAGCGUGUUUCAUUUUUAAAAAGAUUAGAUUAUUUUGGUUCAUGCGGCUCGUCUCCAGGGAGCAUUGCAAUUGAAAGAAAACCAAUAGAACACAGGUAAAUACAAAAAAAACCCGAUUUAAUCCACCUAGUGGUGAAAGGAACCUUUGUUAUACGGUCUUACUUGCUAUUUGAGAUAGAAAUCGACACGUCUUCGGAACAUAAUUCAUCUAUUGGUUAUCGUUGCGUAGUGCGUUGGUUUACAUGAAAUUUUUGAAAAUUGAAUAAGUUUACAAAAUUUGAGCAAAAUAGGAACACUUAAUCCUAUUUGAUAGAUCCUUUUUUCAUGAAAUUGCUGAGUAAGGAU